GAGUGAUUCGCGUCCAGCCAACACAGCUUCGGAGUCUUUUUGAGAAUUUGACAGCGGGCUUUAAAAAGGAGGCGCCACGCCCAAAUAACGUUGAAUCGGUUUUGCGCUCUUGCAACCUCACACUCAUUUACUUGCGCUGUCUCAGUCGCUUCCGCUCGUUUAAUCAAUCGCCUUUGAUUUCGCUAAGAUGGUUCGUUAUUCUAUCCUCGCUGUGGCUUUCGCCAUCCUCGGAGCUGAAGCUAGUCCCUGCCGGCCCACGACGGUGACGAGCGUCGCCGAGGCCUCUUCGACGAUCGCUUCCGACACGACGGUUACUACCCUGGCUACCACUGCAACAACUGCCCUUGUGGAGACGACUUCCACCGUCUUGGGAGAGACCACUUCUACUGCCGUCGCAGAGAGCACAACGACGACUGAAGCGCCCGCCUGCGUCGAAACCCAGGUCGUCGUCAACCCCGGCUUUGACGACAGCGAUAGCAAUAAAUCGCCUUGGUUUGGCGGCGGCUCGCUCACUACCGACGGCCCCAAUACCGCCCCCAACGCCAUUUCUUUCGUUUUCAGCAAUGGCCAGGGCAACGCCCAGCUUUCCCAAACCCUGACCAACCUCGACGGCAACUACCGACUAUCUUAUAACUGGGCUGUCGUCUCCGGUGUCAACGUCGGCUCUGGUUUCUCGUGUAGCAUCACGCCCAAGGUCGGAGGCGAUACCCUCCCUGGUGCUUAUCCCUACAAAUUUGUCGGUUGGACUCCCGAGAGCCAGACGUGGCCGAGUGGCACUGACAACGUCUUACCGCCAAGAAACCAUGAUCUCACGCUGCAAGAUCUCGAUGUAUGCCUUGCUUCAGCUCUGCAACGCUCAAUGGAACCCCACGUCAAUGUGAUUUCAAUCGCCAUCAAAUCAACCUACGAAGAUGACUACCUCCUCGAAUUCGCCAACACACCUCCAAAGGUUGACCCUCGUGGAGUCAAUAAAGUAGAUUCAGACACGGUCUUCCGCCUGGCCAGUCUGUCAAAGGUGUUUCCCGUGCUGGCCUUGUUAAAACUUCACAAGGUUGAUUUUGACGAUGCUGUUACGAAAUACGUACCUGAGCUUCGUGCAUUGAACAAACAAGCUCGAAAGCAAGAUGCUGUUUGGGCGGUUGACUGGGAUCAAGUCACCGUUGGUGCAUUGGCGUCUCACAUUGGCGGUAUACCAGCUGACUUGGUAACCGAUGUCGAGCCUUACGGGGACUGGACAAAGCUUGGUUAUCCGCCACCCGACCCAUCCAAAAGCCUCAAUUGCUCUGGUCUCUUAGAUCUCCCAGAGUGCACCAAAGACGAUUUCUUCGAACGAUUCGGCGAGAGACCCCCCGUUUACGCACCCUACGCUGUGAACCCCGUUUACUCAAACGUAGGGUUCGCUAUAAUGGGAUGGGUCAUUGAGAAGGUCAGCGGUAUGUCGUCCGGAGAGUUCAUCAAGAAAGAAAUUUGGGACCCCACGGGAAUGAAGAACACCUUCUACAAGAAGCCUGAUGACUCUUUGGGAUUCAUUCCCGUUGAUGACGAGUGGUGGAACGCAACCCUUGGCUAUGGCGAUCCGGCCGGCGAAUAUUAUUCCUCCAUCAAUGAUAUAAUGGCCUUUGGGGAUGCUGUCCUCAAGAGCAAGCUUCUCAGUCCCGCCGAGACAAGAAAGUGGCUGAAGCCUGCUACAAGCACCUCAUCACGAGGAAUCUUGCUCGGAGAACCGUGGGAAAUAUUCCGUGCCGACAACGUCACCAAAGACGGCCGCCUCAUUGAGUUUUACACCAAGGCUGGUGAUAUCACCACGUAUCACUCGCUCAUGGUGUUGAUCCCAGACUACAACCUAACUGUGACCCUCCUCAACGCUGGCCCUGAAGUCACUGGUGGUCUUCUCCAGACCCUCUUCUCAGAGAUCGCGAAGGAACUACUUCCGGCUGUGGAAGAAGCUGGCAAGGAUGAAGCAGCCAAGAUAUAUGGCGGUACAUACAUCGACGACAAGACGAAUUCUACUCUUACUCUAUCAGUCGAUGAUGAGCCAGGCUUCCACAUCACGAACUGGACUGUCAGGGGUGUUGACAUCGCAGGCACAUACCUCAGCAUCGGGCUACCACCAACCUUUCCUACACCCCCAGGGCAGGUCCGCUUCCGUUUGUACCCAACGGGUCUCCAGAGUGACACCGAAUCGUCAUGGCGAAUGAUGUUCACUGCGGGGUCAGAGCAAGAUAACGAGGAAGCGAAUGCGCUCCUGGCCUGGCCUGAUGGGAACUGUAACACUUGGGCAUCGUUAGAUCGUAUUGUGUAUCAGCUUUUAUCCCAUGAUCACUUUGUGUUUACUGAGUCUGGGAAGGGCAGUGAUAGGACGGUUGAGAAGCUCGAACUUGUCGGUUAUAGAGUUGAGUUGCAGAAGGAUGAUUGA